AUGCCUUUGGAUUGCUUGUUUUUAUGCGGUUGGUGGUGUGAUCCUAAAGUACUUGCUUUAUACUUCCAUACCUGUGAAUUAAUUCUAUUGCUUAUAAAACAGGAGAAGCACAGAGAAAAGAAGCAUAAGAAGGAAAAAAAGGACAAAGAGAAGAGAGAAAGUAAAGAAAAAAGUGAGAAAGACAGAAGUGAUGGAAAGCAUCGGGAAAAGAAAGACAAGAAGGAAAAAAACAGAGACAAGAAGAAGGAUAAGGAGAAAGACAGGGACCCCGUUAAAGAUAAAAUUAGUCCUUCAGAUGAGAAGAGAAAUCUGGGGAAAACUGAGAGUUUUGGUGCAGAGAAAUUCAUUCCUAAAGAGUACAAAGAUAACUGUGUUGACAAGAGAAAUACUGGGCAAGUUGGAGGUUAUCAGGCCGAGAAGCUCAGUCAAAAUCGUCAUCUGGCUGAGGAGAACCACAAUUCUGUAUUGUUGGAGUUGGGUAGGAGAACUAAAGAUGAGGCCAGAGGAAUUGGUAACCAUGUGGUUGAGAAGAUUUCUGAAUCAGACCGAAAGAAGGAUGAGGGGAUGGUCAGAUUGGUGGCUAAGGAUGCUGACAUUUUGGCCGAAGUCAAGGAAAAGAACAAGGACAAGAGAGUUGAUGACAGAAAGACGGAUGGGCAAGGCAUCAGGGUUGCAGCACAAAUUAGUGGGAACACAAUGGUUCAGAACCCUGUUGGUAUGGUUGAAACUAAAGUUGAAGGGCUUUCCAGACCAUUGGGGUGCAACGUGGAUAGAAAGAUUGAUGGAAAAGAAAAGACCAAAGAGAAGGAAGGUGAUGAUAAACGAAGAGAGAAACGCAAGGAGAAAGAUAGAGAGAAGAAAAAACAAGGGAAAGACAAGGACAAGGAUAAAGAAAAGAAAAAGGAAGCGAAAGCAAAGGAGAAAAAUGAAUCUAAGAAUGCAGAGCCAGGUAAAGAGAAGAAAAAGGAAGAGAAAGCAAAGGAGAAAAAUGAAUCUAAGAUUGCAGAGCUGGAUAAAGAGAAGAAAAAGGAAGAGAAAGCAAAGGAGAAACAUGAAUCUAAGAAUGCAGAGCUGGAUAAAGAGAAGAAAAAGGAAGAGAAAGCAAAGGAGACAAAUGAAUCUAAGAAUGCAGAGCCAGAUAAAAUAAGAAAGAGCAAUAAAGAGGAUCAUAUAGACCCUCAUUACGUUAUAACCUCCCAACUUCCGAAAGACAGCAACAAAAGUGCUGGUGCUGAUGGAAAUCUUAAGAAACGGAAGGACUUGCAGACAAAUGGAGUUUUGCAUGCCAAUGACAUUAGGCCCAGUAAACUGCCGCGACCCUCUUCUUCCUCUCAUCCAUUAACGGUAAAUGGAAGAACAGUGGAACCUUGCCAAACUUCCACCCCGUAUGUUUCAGAUAGGCUGGGAUCAGCAAAUAAUGUUAAGGUGGACAAUAAGGACUGCAAGAUAAAUGGCAUCAUUGAAUCUCCGUCAUUGUCCGUCUCCCCUGCAAAGCUGACUUCUACAGCUGCACAGGCUGUUCCUGUUGCCAAAGCAUCUGUGAGACCGCCCCAUCCAGAUUCCAGAUAUCUAAGCCAGGUUUAUUUGGUUCCAAAGGUGGACGAAGUGCCUGAUUAUGACGAUGAAGAUUGGUUGUUUGGGUGCAGUGGUAACCAAUUAAAGAAGCCCAAGGUGGAAUCUUCAGGGGUUGAGGAGACACCUGAGGUAUGGUCAGAGGCUCUGCGGAUAGAGUCUGCUGAUGUUCACAUUCUACCUCUUAAAUGCAAAGGUUGCAAGGGUCACUCACACAUUAUGGCUUGCUCCAGGACCGGGCGGGCUAUUUGGAUUCAAGGGCUGGUUUUCCCCAACAGCUAA